AUGGACGACUUUCAUCUCGCUAUGUACAUGGAGUCCAUGGGCAUGAAUGCGCCUUCUAAGAAUGAUUGGCAACAGGACGAGUAUUUCGUCGCGCGGGCUCGGAGCAGCGGGCGGGGCGGACCGGGGGCGGGAGCUGAGGGCGCGGCUCCGGCUUCUGGGGAUGGGACCGUAGCGGGGGCGGAAGGCGCGUCUCCGGUUUCUGGCGCUGGGACCCGAGAGAGGCAGUUGACUCCGGCAGCUGGCGCCGCCCUCCGUCAAGCGCGUGCUGGUACGCAGGGGGCGGCGACGGCCGCCGAUGAUGGUGCGCCGGUGACGACGGGGGACACGAUCAUGGACCUGGCCGCCAUCGCCGUUGCCAACGCGCGGCGCGAGAGGGAAAUGGGUCCGGCGUCCAAGCCGGGUGAGGGAGGACCUCCAAGCGGCGGUGGAGGUGCCGAGCGCCCCGCCGAAUGGAAGUACCUCGAGCUCUCCGACGGCCCCCCGACCCGAUCCAAGAACGACACGGGGGACGCGGUCGUACACGAGGACUCCACCGUCGCGAGCAAGCCGGCUGUGGAUCGAGCCUGUCCGAACGGUGACCCCGUGAGCCGUCGCAAAGCGGCGGCGUUCAGUGCGGAGCAGGAGAAGAAGGCAGCCCGAGCGGAGGCUGACAAGGCGAAUGCGAAGAGAGCGUCAGAGGAGGUCCAGAACAAACGGAAAAGGCUGCAAGUCCUCACGGCCGCUACCGAGGGAAUGACGGACGUCGCCACAAACCUCGCCAAGCUGGCGGCGAUCAAGGAAGCGGAGCAGGAGAGCAAAAAGCGCCAAAAGAAGAUCGAUGCCCUUAAAACCAAGCUAGGUUUAGGUAUAGGAGACGAGGCUACAAUCAAACAGACCCUCUCCGGACUGCUCGACGAAGAUUGUUAG